GGUCUACCCAAACCUAAGAACGAAAUAGAAGCUGCGUGUGUUUUGACAGCAACAUCCUUCGCACGGACGGGACUGGGAGGUCUUCACGAAGGGAUUCUCGUGAAAAUGGUGUCCAUUUGUAGAAUUCUAUUCCAUUUGGGGAAGUAGGCGAGUAAUGUUGAAGGAAUUGUCAAGUGGUCAAUCACCUUUUGUGCUUUGCGUCACGUGUUCAACUGAUCGUUGACGUGUGGUGAUAACACAGAAAACGGUCUGUUUGAAUGCAAGGAACAUCUACCCAUCACGAGUGGGAACUUACUCAUUGGAGUUGUCUCGAGUGCUUUCCACAUUGGUCCACCAGCCUCGCAAGUGGCUCUUGUUGAAGCGGACCGACUGACUGAAGUGAAACCCAGUAGGCCCGGCCGACGACAGUACGGGCAGGAUACGAGAUGCCUCUGUUUUUCAGAAAGAAGAAACCCAGCGAUGACUGCCAGAAGAGACUUGAGUAUCAGCUGUGUCGGUCAAAGGAAGCAGGCGCCGAUGACGUCCUGGACAUCUCGUCUUGCGAGCUUUCAGAGGCUCCUUCAAGUGCCUUUUCGAUUUGCAAAGUUCUCCAGAAGAAGGUACUGAUCCUACACAACAAUAAGCUGAAGUCACUGCUUCCCAAAGGAAGUGACAUCAUCUCUCUUGGCACGCUCAAGGUUUUGGAUUUGCAUGAUAAUAAGCUCCAUUCACUCCCAGAAGAUAUCGGGAAGCUGACAUCUCUGCAGAUUUUGAAUGUGGAGAAGAAUUGUUUGAAGGUCCUUCCAGAAUCCAUUGGGGAUCUCAGGCUACUGCAGACACUCAAUUUGAAAGGCAACUGUCUCAGUGAACUACCGUCGACUAUUAGCUCUCUGUGCAGUUUACGUACCCUGGAUGUGAGUGACAACCUCAUCAUCCAGAUUCCCAAAACCCUUGCUUAUAUCCGCACACUGGAGAACUUCAUACUAGAUGCAGCUACAAUGACCUAUCCUCCCGCAUCUGUGUGCGUGGAAGGUACAGCGACCAUUCAGCACUUCCUGUGCGCUGAGCUGGGAGAAGAGUACUGCCCUCCAUCCCAGUAUCUCCUGCCAGUUCUGGAAAGUGACAGUGGCAAACAAAACUCUGACUGUGUGGAUGGUGCGGAUGAGGCCUGGCAGAAUAAAUUCAGUGACUACGAGAGGAGAAAGCUUCACAAGCAGCAGGAAAAGCUGGCAUUCGAGCGACACCGAGAGGAGAAACAAAAUGAGCACACCCAGCUUCUACUCAUGAACACCUCCCGUAAAGUCAACAUCCUCAACUCCGUUCGUCAGGAGCGGGAGCGUCUGGAACAGGGGGUCACCCAGCAGCAGCGGGCCCAGGAGUCGGAGAGGUUGCUGUUGUUGGACAAAGUGAGACACGCUGAAUACAACAUCAGCAGUCGCAUCAGCAACAUGCUGUCGGAUAACAACAGGCAAAAAAAGAGUGCUGAGUUUCUCCAGGCCAUGGAGGAAGAUCGGAUCCGUAUGGAGCAUCUGACUGCCAUCACACAGGAAGAAGCGAACUCUCUGAGGAAGAGAGAGGUUGCUGCGGCCAUGCAGAAGAUGCUGUCAGACAGCUGCACGGUGAGCCUCCUCCAAGAAGCCAGCGACUGUCGUAGAAAGAGCUUGGUGUCCGAGGCGUACAGAAGUAUGGAGAAUCUGGAGAAGAAGUUUGAUAAAAUGCUAUCCAUCCAAGUUUUGGACAAAUCUAAAGCCAUCGCCCACAUUUUACAGGAGGAGGAGAUGCAGAAAGCAGCGUUCCAAGCACUGCAGUUGCAGAAAGAUUCUGUCCAUGGUUACAUACGCAACCAGAUCAAGCUUAUAGAGGGUGAAUUAAUGCAGCUGACAAAACUGGAAGUUAAAAGACGCAAUCUGGAUGCUGAGAACCUGCAGGAAGUGCUAGUGGACCAGCGCACAGCUCUAGGUGAUUUGUUGCAGCAACUGCUGAAACAGAAGCACCAGAGAGAGCAAGAACUGCUGCAAGUUCUGGCGGAGAUGGAGUUGAAGUCGGAGUCAACCCAGCAGAACUACUGGAUGAUUCAGUACCAGAGACUGCUGGAUGCCAAGCCCUUGUCACUGCGCAUGCAGGAAGCUGGUGUGGAAAAAGACUUGGUAAAUAUACUGUGCAAACUGUCAGCUCAGCAUUACUUGCCCAUCGUGGCUCACCAUCGUGUGACAACUGAGGCCCUUCGCCACAUGAACUCAUCUGACCUAAAGAAGCUCGGCAUUAUUGAAGUUGGCGUCCAGAAAGCUCUCUUGAACUGGGCUCGAGAAUGCAAGCCUGAAGGUGCCUCUAACGUGGUAUACCAGAGCGAAGAAGAAGUCCCCCCUCCAGAUCCGUCGUCUUCCUUCUUUCCCUCAAUUCCGAACACCUCGAGCAUCUUGACCCCAAGCCCGCCACUCACUCCCGGUACCCCCGGUACUCCUGUUACGCCAUCAGCCCCAAGCCCAGUGGAGGGACCAGGGAGCUCCGAGUGUGUGGUCUGCAUGGAGACGGGGGCUCAAGUCAUCUUUCUGCCGUGCGGCCAUGUUUGCUGUUGUCAGGUCUGCAGUGAUGCCCUGCAGAACUGCCCUCUGUGUCGAGGUGCCAUAUCACAGCGCAUUCGACUUUACCACACCUAGAAGCAACCGUGGCUUUGCGACUUUUUAAUGAAAUGUGCAUGAUGACAAUGCUGCUGUAGUUCAUAUAUAGACACGCGUUGAGAUUUUCAAAAUGCCGAGCCACUUUACUGUAUUAACCAAAAUUUUAGAUACAUUGUGCAAAAGGUUUGUGGUAUUUUUAUUUUUUGGUUUGUCAAAUUCAUUUAAUAUUUGUUUUAAAUUUACCUUAUUAUAUUUUUUUUUUUACAGUUUUACAUAUUAAUGGAUAUGUGCCUUUUUCUGAAAAGAUAUUUGCUGUGUCUGUAAAACAUAACAACAACAUACCAAGCUUAUGUAGGCGCACUUAACACUGACCAGCCACAACAUUGACCACUUGCACUGUACAAAGAUAGUUUCAUAGUAGAAGAUACAGUGCCGUGAAAAAUUAUUGGCCCCCUUCUUAAAUUCCUAUCCUUUUGCAUAAUUUUCCCAGUUUAAUGUUUAAAAUCAUCAAACAAAUAUCAGACAAAUAUAACCCAAGUGAACUUAAAAGGCUGUUUUUAAAUGGCGAUUUCAUUUAUGAAGGAAAAAAACCUGUUAAAAGUUAUCUGGCCCUGUGUGAAAAGGUCAUUACACCCCUUGUUAAAUCAUGAAUUAAUUCUGGUUCAUCACAAUUUAUGGUUAACUUUCACUGAUCAGACUGAUUGCCUCCAGACCUGGUCAGUCAAGAAAUCACCUAAACAGAACCUGUCUGACAAAAUCAAGUCGGACAAAAGAUCUUAAAAAAAUAAAUAAAUAAAUAAAUUUUAAAAAAAAAUGACAAGACCCAAACAAAUUCAAGAACGGUCAAGAAAUGAAGUAAUUUACAUCUAUCAGUCUAGAAAAGGGUACAAAGCCAUUUCUAAAGCUUUAGGAUUCAAGCGAACCAUAGGGAGAGCCAUUAACCUCAAGUGGAGAAAUGAAUUAUGAUUAACAGUGGUGAACCUUCCAAGGAGCGGCCAGCCUACAAAGAUUACCCCGAGAGAACAGCAAUGACUCAUCCAGGAGGCCACAAAGGAACUCAGGACAACUUCUAAAGAACUGCAUGCCUCCCUUGCCUCAGUUAAGGUCACUGUUCAUGACACAACAAUAAGGAAGAGACUGGAAAAAAAUGGCAUCCAUUGCAGAGUUCCGAGGUGAAUACCAUUGCAAAAAAAAAAACCAUUGAAUCAUUCCCAAGACUUAUAGGAGAAUAUUAUAUGGACUUGAUGAGAUGAAAGUUGGUCUUUUUUGAAGGUGUGUCUCGUUACAUCUGGUGUAAAUGUAGUACAGGAUUUAAGAAAGAGCAUCCCACCAGCAGUCAAACAUGGUGGUGGUAGUAUGAUGGUCUUAGGUUUCUUCGCUCUUUCAGGACCUGGACAACUUGCUGUGAUUGAUGGACCCAUGAAUUCUGCUCUGUAACAGAAAAUCCUAAAGGAGAAUGUUUAGCCAUCAGUUUGUGUACUUUGGUUCUGCAGCAGGAUAAUGAUCCAAAACACACCAAGGAAGUCAACUUCUGAAGGGCUUAAAAAAACAAAAGGAAGGUUUUGGAGUUGCCUCGUCAAAGUCUGGACUUGAAUCCAAUUGAAAUACAGUGGCGGGCAUCACCUUUUAAAGGCCGUUCAUUCCCGAAAAGCCUCAAUUUUUGCUGAAUUCAAACAAUUCUGCAAGGACGAACGAGUGUGCCAAAAUAUCUCCACAGAGAUGUGAAAGACUCAUUGCCAGUUUUAGAAAAUGCUUGAUUUCAGUUGUUACUGCUGAGGAUGGCCCAAACCAGUUAUUAGCUUUAAGGGGCUAUUACUUUUUCACACAGGGCCAGGUGACUUUGAAUAGUUAUUUUUUUUUCCUUAACUAAUUCAAUCACCACUUAAAUUCAGCAUUUUAAGUUCAUUUAGGUUCUAUUUGUAUGAGCUUUACAUUUCUUUGAUGAUCUCAAACAUUAUAGUGGCGAAACUAUGCAAAAAUCUAAUAAUUUGGGAAGGACGCCAAUACUUUUUCACGGCACUGUAGGUAGAUGCGUAAAAAACAUCGUAACCCUAUGAUGUGUUAUCGAAACACUAAGUAACCACAACGUCAUGACCACUUGCACAAUAUCUAAUGAAAGAGCUGUAUCAAAUAUUAUUCAGCUUGAAUAGAUGGUACAUUAUAUAUAAUACAGUAUAUACAAUAUAUGUACAAUAUGGCAUUAUUGUGGUUGUAGUUUACAGUGGUAUAGUCUGUACUGCAUCAGACUGAGAACUGUGUAUACAAUUUUGGACUCUCGGGUCACUAAUUAACCAAAAUAUUCGACACGGCUCUCAUUUUGAUACAGUACAAUUAUACCCGACUGCAAACUACAACGAGAAUAAUGAACAACUUUCUUUUGUUUGAAGAAAAAAACAAAAAACAAAAAAAAACAUUUUCACCCAAGCCAAUACUAGAGGAGUUGACAAAAGGCUGAUUAAGCCUGUCAGCUCCUCUAACAUCUUGCUAUAUUCUUCAACAGUUUAUUUUAAAUUUUUAGUGAAUGCCCGAUUCAUUUCCGGCGCCGGCCCAGUUAGUGGCGCACCGAAAAUGACGUAGAAGGAAAUGACGGCACAGAAAUGAGGCAUUUUGCCAAGCAAUGGGUGGAGGGCAGUUAUAAAAUGCUCACUACAAAUAUUAUUUUGCAUUUCUGUAGCAUAAUAUAGUGAUACAAUAAUUACUGUGUUAACAAAAACAAUCAUAAAAAUGGCCGCCAAUGAACAACCUCUACCUUUUUUCGAGGAGCCAUUGGCUGCCAGCAGCGUUGUGGCACUCCUCGUCCUUACUGAUCUGUUUUUAUCGCUUUUGUUGAUCUCAUUUCUUUGAACGUGUGUGUGUGUGUGUGUGUUUGCUAGUGAACCCGCGAUGUGGUUUGCGAGAACUUGUUUGUAACUUUGAGCGUCGUCACGCUGCUGCUGCUGCUGCUGCUUCACUGCUGUGCCCAUCAAAACUGCGCAUUACAAUUUGUCAAAUUGUGCAAGUGGUCAUCAUUUUGUCGGUGGUGUUUUGAUAAGCUGUCAUGGGUGAUUUACUGUAUGUUGCUUAUAUCAAUGUACAUGAAGACAUCCCCUGUUGACCAAACCACCUCAUUGGCCCAGUUUUACUGUAGAUGUGUAUGCAGUAGCAGCAAUGCAUUGAAGAUACACGAGCUCGGCUAAAAGAAUUGCUUAAUAUAAGACGGUUCGAUUUGAACCUUCUCCAGAGUGCCUCAGGACCUUCUCCUUUCUUUUGGGGGUUAAUGUGGUCACUUAGCAAUUUUUGACCUUGCCGGUUUGACUGUUUUUUUUCUUUCACGAUUGUUACAGUGUGUAAAAGAGAAGGUAAUCAAUGAAUUCAUAGAUGAAUGAAUUUAUGACUUAUCAUUUGUUCAUUCGUUUUCAUCACCAUUUAGACUACUACGACUUGUCAAUCAGUGCUGACAGUGAAUCUCAGAGAAGACAACUUUUGUCCUUCCUUGCAUUUCAUCAAUUUUGAAUGUUGUUCAGAUGAGGGAAAAUGCUGAACCCACUUUCAAGAGAGCAGUUUUGUUACGCUUGCCGGUGUUUAGUGCUUUAGUUGUGUGUAUGCAUUCUGCCAGCAUGGCUCUCCAGCCUUGUACAUUUGUUUUAGAUAAUUGCCACUUUUAUUCUCUCUCUCUCUAUAUAUAUACACACACACACACACACACACACACACGCAGUGGGUACGGAAAAUAUUCAGACCCCUUUAAAUCUUUCACUCUGUUAUAAGGAAAUUAGGUCAACGGAAUUGUUGAAUUUAUUUUGCAUUUUUAUUAAAUAAAAAGUGAAAUAUCACACAGCCAUAAGUAUUGAGACCCUUUGCUGUGACACUCGUAUAUUGAACUCUGGUGCUGUCCAUUUCUUCUGAUCGUCCUUCAAAUGCUUCUAUAACUUCAUUGGAGUCCAGCUGUGUUUGAUUAUACUGAUAUGACUUGGACUACACACUUGUCUAUAUAAAACCUUAUAGGUCACAGUGCAUGUCAGAGCAAAUGGGAAUCAUGAGGUCAAAGGAACUGCCUGAAGAGCUCAGAGACAGAAUUGUGGCAAGGCACAGAUCUGGCCAAGGUUACAAAAAUGUGUCUGCUGCACUUAAGGCAAUUCAAUGUUGGUUUUGAUGAUGAAAUCCCUAAAUUCCUUGCAAUUGUACGUUGAGGAACAUUGACCUUAAACUGUUGGACUAUUUUCUCACGCAGUUGUUCACAAAGAGGUGAACCUCGCCCCAUCUGUGCUUGUGCAUGACCGAGCAAUUCGGGGAAGCUCCUUUUCUAGCCAAUCAUGGCGCCCACCUGUUCACCUGUGGGAUGUUCCAAACAGGUGUUUGAUGAGCAUUCCUCAACUUUCGCAGUCUUGUUUGCCACCUGUGCCAGCUUUUUUGGAACGUGAUGCAGCCAUCAAAUUCUCAGUUAAUGAUGAUUUUGCUAAAAACAAUCAAGUUGAUCAGUUUGAACAUUCAAUAUCUUGUCUUUGUCGUGUACUCAAUGAAAUAUAGGUUGAACAUGGUUUGCAAAUCAUUGUAUUCUGUUUUUAUUUGUUAAGCACAACGUCCCAACUUCAUUGGAAUUGGGGUUGUAAAUAAGGGUCUCAAUACUUACGGCUGUGUCAUAAUUCACUUUUUCUUUUUUAAUAAAUUCAACAAUUCUGUUUUUUUUCCCCUGUCAAUAAGGGGUACUGUUUGUACAUUGAGGGAAAAAAAUGAUCUUAAAUUCUUUUAGCAAAUGGCUGCAAUAGAAUGGAGUGAAACAUUUUAAGGGGGUCUGAAUAUUUUGCUUUCCCACUCUAUGUAUAUAUGCGUGUGUGUGUGUGUGUGUGUAUUUAUUAUAUAUACUGUUUGCAGCCUACACUAGGUGUUAUAUUCUCUUAAGUGCUCUUACACCUAAUAAUUCAUGUCAAAAUAUAAUGUAAUAUAUGCCAGUGUCUUGUACUCCAUGUGUAAGCAAUGUAAAUAUUGAGUAUUACCACAAAUAAAUAUCAAAGAUGG